AUCAACAGGGGUAUAAGUGGAGUAGUCAGGAAGUGUACAGAAAAAGUAACUGGUAAAAAGUAUGCGGUAAAAAUUGUCGACCUGAUAGGUCAGAAGGAAAAUGACCGAGAGGUGCUAGAGGAGUCGACGCUGAGAGAGAUUUCCAUCUUGAGGAUGCUGGCUAACCAUCCACACAUCAUCGAGCUGCAUGAUGCAUUCGUUGGCAAAACACACAUACUUCUCGUUCUGGAGCUGUUAGUUUCUAAGGAACUGUUUGACAUUUUGACGGAGGUAGUUACGUUCUCAGAGACAAGGACAAGGGUCAUCAUGAAGCAAUUGUUGGAAGCUGUGGAAUUUAUACACUCCAAAACAAUCGCACAUCGAGACAUUAAGGCGGAGAAUAUACUCGUUGACGAUAACAACAAUAUUAAACUGUCUGACUUUGGUUUUGCUUCAACACUCAAACAUGACAACGAAUUUACAGAUUUAUGCGGUACAUUUGAGUACCUGUCGCCGGAGUUAUUGAAAAGCCAACUUUACGAUAACUACCAAGGAUAUGGCAGAUCCGUCGACAUGUGGGCAUGUGGUACUCUGAUGUAUACACUACUGCAAGGAUCGUCGCCAUUUUGGGCGCCGGAAAGAGCUCAAAUACUGAAAAACAUUCUGGCGGCCAAGUAUUCCUUCAGUAAUCCCAGAUGGAAUGACUACAGCUACAAUGCUAAGGAUCUCGUUAUUCGCCUGUUAACGGUGGACCCGGAAGUACGACUAACGGCCAAGGAGGCCCUGAAGCAUCCAUUUUUUGGCCUAACGCAGUACCAAGCUUUGUCUGAUGUUAUCAUGAUUAUUUUAGUGUCGUUUUUGUUGUUGUUGUUGUUGUUGUUUUUAUGCGCCAUGUUGUUGUGCUUCCUUCGCCUAAUUCCUCACGCGAUCAUUCCGGUGUAUCAGGUGUCCACGGAUCCGUACUCCGUGCGCUCCUUCCGACGCCUCAUCGACUCGGGAGCCUUCAAAAUCUAUGGGCACUGGGUCAACAGGGACCCUACGCAGAGCAGGGAUCUACUCUUUGAGAACAAUAGGAAAAUGACUGCUAGGCAGUAUGUUGUUGUUUGUUGGUGUUGUUUGUUGGUUGGUGUUGUUUGUUGGUGUUGUUUGUGUUGUGGUUGUGUUGGUGUUGUUGUUGCUUGUUGUUGUUGUGGUUGUUUGUGUGUGUUGGUGUUGUUGUUACUGCUCUUUUUGAUGUUGAUUUGGAUGAUGUGGCAUGAUAUGUGGAUGAAGUUGAUUAAUCUUCAGUAA